UUUUUUUUCUUUUUGUUUUUGUGUAUCCAUAAAUGGGUAGUGAAACAAAGGUUUAUACUUUGGAAGAAGUAGCCCCUCACAACAAUGCCAAAGAUUGUUGGCUUGUUAUUAGUGGCAAGGUGUAUGAUGUGACAAAAUUCUUGGACGAUCACCCUGGUGGCGAUGAGGUUUUAUUGGCUGCUACUGGAAAGGAUGCAACCGAUGAUUUUGAGGAUGUUGGUCACAGCAGCAGCGCUCGAGCCAUGUUGGACGAGUACUACGUAGGGGAUAUUGAUUCAGCAACCAUCCCGACUAAAAAGACGUACACUCCUCCCAACCAGCCUCAUUACAACCAGGACAAGACAUCCGAAUUCGUAAUCAAGCUUCUCCAGUUCUUGGUUCCCCUGAUCAUUUUGGGCGUAGCAGUUGGCAUCCGCUUCUACACCAAACAAUCUGCUUGAAGAUUGAAUGCAACGGUAAAUUCAUAAU